UUUCAGUGAACAUUUCUUUUUUAGGGAAUAAGAAAAAUGGUUUAGUAGUAUUGCGACACAUGUACAAAAUCUUAAAGUUUAUAAUAAUAAUCGUCUGAAAAAGGAGAAAGGGAGGAAAAUGAAGUUACACAGAGCUUUUCUUGUUUUAUAUUUUAUUAUUGCUUGCUAUGUUGGUGUUGAUGGUACACUGAGACGAGGAGGAUUGAAUGUUUGCCAAAAAACAGUGCCAAGAACUACAGAAUUUUUUGUAACAGUUAACUACGCAACAACGGAAUAUUAUACCACUUGUUGUGGGUGGAGCUGGCCAAGCUGUUGGAAAAGUUGUACCAGAUCAAGAGUGGUGACACUAACCAAAUUAGAACGAAGGACGAAAACUGUAUAUGACAUUAUUCAAGUUUGUUGUGCCGGCUACACUCAACAAAAUGAUCAAUGCCCAAUACCUAUCUGCACUGGUGGCUGCUUACAUGGCAGUUGUACAGCGCCAAACAAAUGUACAUGUUCAGCGGGUUGGGAAGGAAGUGAUUGUUCAAGAGAUAUCAACGAAUGUAGAACCAAUAAUGGUGGCUGUGAGCAGGAAUGUCGAAAUAUAAAUGGCGGCCAUGUUUGUGCUUGUCGUCAAGGAUACACAGUUGCCCAGGAUGUCAAAAAAUGCAUUGAUGUUAAUGAAUGCAUUGUUAACCCCAACAUUUGCUCAUGCGCCGAUCGAAGUAAUAAUCCUCUUUGCAGCGUUACGUGUGUCAAUAAACCAGGAACGUACAAUUGUGCAUGUACAAAAGGAUAUGAAUCUGUUUCAAAAAGAUUUUGCACCAACAUUGUUGAAUGCAAUACGAACAAUGGUAAUUGUUCACAUUAUUGCUAUGACACGCCGGGAAGUUAUCAUUGUGGCUGCCCUUCUGGAUAUCAAUUGGCUGCAGAUGGUAGAACUUGUGAAGAUAUCGACGAAUGUUUAACAUCAAAUGGAGGUUGUGAGCACAAUUGUAACAACACCAUAGGUAGUCUUCAAUGUGGCUGUCGAACUGGUUUUAAUUUGGAUGGAAAUGGUAGAACGUGCUCAGAUAAAGAUGAAUGUCAAACAAAUACACACGGAUGUCAAUACUGUCAAAACGAGCGAGGAAGUUAUAAAUGCACAUGUCCAAAAGGAUAUCAACUAAAUUCUGAUCAGAAGACGUGUUCAGAUAUCAAUGAAUGCGAGUUUAAGCCACCUGGUAAGAGUGUAGCAAUAUCAGGUUGUAGUCAAAGCUGCAAUAACACUGAUGGCUCAUUUCAUUGUUUAUGUUUAAAUGGAUACUCUCUUACUGGUGACAACAAAACAUGCCAAGAUGUUGAUGAGUGCUUUCUUAAGACCGAUAAAUGUGAACACAUGUGUAUUAACGUAGUGGGUUCGUACGCAUGCGCGUGUCGUGAUGGUUACACUAUCAGCGAAGACAGAUACUCUUGCGUGGGUGAGCAGUGUGAGAACUUACCACCUGUUGUCAAUGGAAACGCCUCUUGUUUAAAAGGAGUGACAGAUGAAAUGUGCUCGUUUCAAUGCCAUCCAGGAUUUUCUUUGGAAGGUUCGAGCAAACGAUGGUGUCAAUCAAAUCAUAAGUGGAAUGGAACAAAUCCCAUCUGCAAAAGAAGAACGUGUCCUUUAUGGCAGCCACCAAUUAACGGUGCAGCAGUGUUGCCAUGCAACCAUUUUUUCGAAUCUGAAUGCAAAAUCAAAUGCGCUGAAGGUUACGUUUUGAAUGGUUCAGAUACUAGAAGAUGUAUCGCAACUGACGUUGGGGAAAUGAUGUGGACAGAUUCAAAAGCAACAUGCGAAAAAUCAACAGCGUGUUUACCGAAUCCAUGUUUUCAUUCUGGUGUCUGCUCUCCAAAUGGCGAAACAUUCACUUGUGAUUGUAGAAACACAGGUUAUAAAGGCGUCUUAUGUAGAACUGGAAUAAUCACAGUACCUCAAAUACCAUUAAUGGGAUUAGAUAUGCCAAGACACGGAUUGAUACUGCGUGCAAAACCAGAUAAAGAGCUUAAAAUUGAGAUAAUUUCAAGUUCUCCAAAUGUGAUAAUAACUCCAAGUAAUGUCACCUUAACAAAUUCUACCAUGUCUGCUUCAUUUAGUCUACUGGCAAACGUUGUUGGUUUUUUUACCAUUAAAUUUAAACUGAGCGGGAAAAAUGCUCUUAACUUUGUCACUCCAAUCCCAGCAACGAUCUUUGUUCAAGGAAAAGAUGAUGGCAUUAGAGUGAGUUCACCAGUUUAUUCAGAUGGUAGCAUAAAACUUGGCUGCUAUGAAAAUAAUCCUGAAGGCACAACAAAAGGAUACUCAAACUUCAAAUGGAACAAAGAUGGAUCCUCCAAUGGUGUAAUCCAAGUCACUGGCAAAGAUGGCACUCGUCUUCCAUUGUCUUUAUCUGGAGGAAAACUUAAACCUAAUGAUUUUACAGCAUUUCCUUUUGAUGAAGGUAUUAAAAAAGUUGGCAGUGUCCCUCCUUUGACUGAUAAGACAUGUUACUCUCAGAACGAUGCUUCAAAAUACAUUGGCGAACUUUUGAACAGUAAUGCAUUUAUAUACUCAAUACAGAACGCAUUCAACAAUCAUUCUCCGUACUGGAUAAAAUUUGUGGCAGCAUUAAACGUAAAAGAAUAUAAAGCAGAGGAUUUAGGGGGAAGUUUAUUCAAAGGAGAAGAACUUGUGAGAAAGAAAACACCAUGCACACAAGGCUUGCUCUUAAAUAAACAAAAUGUUUAUUAUCACUAUCAAACAAAACAAAUUUUCUACGCUGUGUUCGUCAAUAAGAACGUCACAUUGCCAAUGACAGUAACAAAAUGUUUUGUGAAGAAUCUUGACACAAACAGUGUCUAUGUUGCUGUUCUGCCUGAUACAGCAAAUGAAACCAGUAUGGCAGUAUUUUCAACUGCAUUCUCAAAAAUUAUAAACAUCAAUGGAACCAUCGAUCGAAUUGGUUUUACCUUAAAUACUUCAAAGGGAGAAGAAAUGCACAGUUAUGGUAAAAGAUUUUUCAACUUUGGAAAUGAUAACAUUAAUAUCAACAUUGAUUUGAAUGGGGUGAUGAGAUGGAGAUCGGCUAACAUAUCCAAAAUUUUUAGCAAGUUAGACAUGAAAAGUUUCACAGUGCAUAAUGGCAAAGCCGACUUCACGUUUUCAUGGAAAGUCCUUAACUCACAACAGAGUAUACGGGUGAAAGGUGAUUUAACGAAGAUGGAGUUAUCACGCGAAGAUAAAGCUGUAUCAACUUGCACUAAUAAAACAAUAAAAAUUCAAAUCACAAGACCUUCCGAAACAUAUCUGUCAACAAAAAUCGAUAAUGUAGUUACAUUUAACACAAAAAAUAACAUAAAUGCGAAUGUCAAUCAUGACACGAUUGGUGGAAAUCCUUCCAUUGCGUCUUCAGAUUAUGCAGUACUCAAGCAGAAACUAAGUGAUGAUUCAGUUCUGAAAGCAACUUUGGCAUUCCUUAAGGCCUUUAAGUCACCGGAUAAUGAAGUAACAACAAGUACGCAGGCACUUAUCCCCGUUAUAGAAGCACUGGUUAGUAAUACUAAAUUUUUAUCAAAAACAACUCUUCCAACGGAUGCUCAAAAUGAAAGAAUAUCAAUCAUCAAAUCUUUAUACUUGAACGCACUUAAGAGAUAUCAGAUCCUGUCUAAUAGAUAUCUUAAGAUUGACUUUUUUGACGACGCCAAAAUGGAAGUAAAAUUCAAUACGUUUAAAGCACAUUUCAAUGAAGUCAUGAGUUUAUUUGAGUAUGAUAUCAUAUAUUCACCAACAACGAGUAAAAUUAACUGGUUUGAAAUAUCUGGUGUUGGAGAUAUGUGCAUGCAAACUUAUUGCUUCAAAGAUUUAAAUAUAUCCGUAGCGCAUGGCACUAUCCUAUCUGAUAAUCAAUGCUACUCGCAGCCAACAGCUAGUAAAGACACAAUCAUCAAAGGUAUGGUCAUUAAAAAUACGGAUGUAGGGGGCAUGAUUAAACUACCUUCAGCAACUGUCAUCAAAAUGAACCUACCUGCAUCUUCCGACGUUUCCUCAUCUUCCUUCAGUGGCCACGUCAAAGUUUACGAGCAACCAAAAGUUAGUCAAGUUAAAAUCCAAAACAACUCAUUGUCUUUUGAAAUUGAUAUUAAUUUCUUAAGACAAGAUAAGUUGAAGAUGAACGUAACUGCUUCUUUGGCAUCCAUAGAUGAGGAAGAUCCAAUUAAUUUUAAUUUUGAAAACAAAUUUCAUUCACCAAGCUCGUUAGUGUCUGAUAUCAAUCAAAAAGUUGCUCAACGUCUUGAUAUUAUGGACAGCAGAAUAAAAUCAAGAGAGAUGUUUACCCUAUCUUACCAAAAUCGCACAUCAAGAAUUGCCAACGAGAAUGCUGAAAGAUUUGGCAAUAGCACCAAAAAGGUGAUGUCCCUGCAGAGUCAACUUGGAGCUCUUGUAAAUAAUAUUUCUAUAACUGAAAAAGUUUAUCAAAUGAAGAAAAAAGAAUUGAACUCCUCCUUCGCAGCACAUUCACUUACCAAGGAACAGUUGGAAAUGAAAUCUAAACUGUUAAACAGUUGCCGUCCCAAACUUUGCAUACCAAAAUGUAUACCAGGAAUUACUAUUAAUAUAUGCCAAUCUAAAAGGUUUGUAGGGAAAGUGCAAGAAAACUGCACCUUUGUGACAAAACUAAGGAAUCGAGUUAUUGUGGUACAAAGAAAUGAAACCAAAAGUUAUACAACCUUCAGUAAAUAUAAACAUUGUAGUCGAAAAUGCCCUCCUUUGACUGGCUUCUUUAAAAAGCUUUUUGGUAAAAGGAAAAAGCGGGGUAUAGUCAAAGCUAUAGCUGUACCAGCAUUAACUGCCUUAUUUCAUAAAAUGGGAGGCACAGAGGGAGCACUGGGUGCUUUCGUUGGUGGAGUUGCUUUAGGACCGGCUGGAGCAGUUAUAGGUGGGAUUAUCGGGAGCAUAUUUGGUUCAUGUGAUGAAGAAUGCAGGUUAGUGCUCAUACCACGUACUGCAUAUUAUGAAUCCACAACACCAGAAAAAAGAAUAAAAAAAGAACAGUACUUUGAAUCGAUGUGCAAGAUUGACGUCAGGAAUUUUUUUAACGGGUUCAAUCCGGCUGAAGUAUGUUCUCAACACAACAACUGCUCCAAUUUAUCAGAAGAUGUUAGAUGCAUAAACAGAAACAUUGAAUGCAAGAGAAUCCAAUCCAAUCUGUCUUCCAUUAUAUCGAGUCCAAGCUAUGACGAUGCUUACAGGUCAUUUAUCAAAACGUCUGCAUUGUUGGAUCUUCUCAAGAUGAGGCAGAGUAUUUUAACUAAACGUUUACGGAAUGCACAAAGCGAUCUCGAAAUCUCGAAAGGUGCAUCUUUACAAGCAAACCAGUCAAAAGAAUUAGCAGAUAAAGCAAAACUAGACUUUAACAAUUUAAUAAAACGAGAACGCAAACUUAUCGCCGCUCACAUGAAACAUCGAAACAACGGUUCAGUUUUAUUGGUCACAGAUGUUAAAUUUAGAUUCGCUUAUAUUGAUGGGAUGAAAUUCCCAAGGCGUUUUGUACUUGAUGUGGAGUAUAAAAAUCUUGUUUCAGCUGCAACUCAAUUCACGACAAUGUUUAUUGCACCUGAAUAUUUUGCCAGCAUUGAGGACGCUGCUAGAAUGCUUAUAAAAAAUGCAAUUCAAUCGAUUCCUAACAACAGAAGAAAACGUCGAUCAAUAUCAAUUCCUGCUGUAUCUCAGCUCCAGCAAAAAUGUUUAGACAUUGAGACGUCUGCUGUUGAAAUAUAUGAUAUAGCAACAUCUUUAGCUGAGAAAAUCAAACAAGCCGAGAGCACGCGUAGCAGAUUUGUGAGUGACUCAAAACAUGGCGAGAGAGAGGCGCUUAGUUACACUACUAAGCUUCAAACAAGCGUGUCCAACGCAUACGAGUGCAACGCAACACACUGUGAUGAAGAUAUAAGGCAGCUAAUGGUGGAUAUAUCUGUAGACAUAAAUAACCAAAACAGAGAAAGUGAUGCGCCAUCAUGGAACGAGACACUUCAGCAGUUUUUUACUAAUUUUGAAUUUAAAACAAAUGCUCGAGGAAACUCCAAAUGUGUCAACUUUUUGGACUGCGUGACGUAUCAUUUAGAUAAAUUAGACGAGCUAACACAGUAUGAAAACACGUCUUUGGCAAAGAAAGUCAGAGAUCACCUUCAAAUAUGGAAUAACACUAUUUUAACAUUGUUUAACGAUCAGCCGUCGUUUGAAUUAGCUAAAACACUAUCACGUGGUUUCAUGUCAACUUUCCAUGAAGUAAACCCUAGAGAUAUAUUUUGUGGUGAAGCACCUAAAAUAAAAAGACUUUUGUCUGGCAACAUAAACAAAAAAAUUGGUGAAAAGUUAACGCUGGUGAUAGAUGUGGAAGAAACAGUGCAUGGGUAUGAGAUCAUUUGGAAAAAGAACAACUUUGUAAUAGGUAACGAAUACGCAAAACAGUUGAUGGUUAAAAUAACCGAUGCAAAAUCUACCUUUUAUUCAUGUGAAGUCACCAACGUAUUCGGAAGCACCUACUGUGGAGAAGUGUUUGUGAAUGUUUACACAAAACCAGAAAUUACUAGCCAACCAGAGGACGUCACAGCAUAUGUACACUCGCCGGAGAAAAGAUUUGUAAUCUGUAAUUUUACAGGUUUCCCAGAACCUACCAUACAAUGGGUCUUCAGGAAUUUUACCAGCAAUGAACAUGAAGUUCUGCCAACUAAACGCUCCUCAUUGCUAAUAUCAACACGUUCAACUGAAAACUCUGGUUUUUAUUUUUGUAGAGUUCAAAACGAGCUAUUUUCCGUGGAGAGCAAGGAGGCUGUUGUAAACAUCAUUUCCACUACCAUGGCAGUAGAACGCACUAAAUUAUAUUUUACACUCAAUCUGAUUCCUGUCACGUCAAGAACAAGAAGGAAUAUCAAUAAUGACGUUGAAAUAUCCACAAAACUUACAAGUGAAGAAAAAUUAAACAUUAUCCAUGCGCUCACCAAAGCAAUGGAUACGACAGAAUCGUCAAUUAGAGAUUUAGCCUACACUAAAGUUGCUAAUGGAAGUGCUGAAGUAUCUUUUGUUUUGUAUGGCAAAAAUCUGACUGAUAAUUUAACAAGACUAAAUCCUGGAGAAUCUUGGGAUUCUUUGGCAAAUAAGAUGACAGAAGAUAGAGGACAUUUACUUGGUAGACCAAUUCUUCUUUAUUACAAUGCCAAUAACACAAUGUCCUUUGUAAUCGGUGGAAAAAAUGUUUCGGUUAAUCCGGAAAGUAUUGAAUUUGAAGGAAUGGAAGUUGCAUGUAAACAAGGCCAAGUUGUUUUGGAAAACGGGAUCGUGUGCGCUGACUGUCCUGCUGGAACAAGGUUCGAUGGUGCCAAUCAAUGUACUGAAUGUGAGAAAGGCACAUAUCAGCCAAUGCCUGGACAAUCCACUUGUCGCCCAUGUCCGGCAGAAAACAUGACAACACCAUCUAAAAAAUCAGUAUCUGUCAAACAAUGUCUCUUCUCUGAAGCUCCCACAACAUCUAUUCCGGCAAUAACAAAAACACCUCGUAUUGUUCCUGCUGCAGACGAAAAAAAAGAUAAUGAUGCUCUAAAGAUUAUCAUUCCAGUAGUGGCAGUUGUGGUGAUUUUGUUGAUUGCUGCUAUCAUCAUUCUUUACAUAUACUGCCGACGUAAGGAAAACGUGAAAGAAGCUCCAGAUCCAAAAGAUGGACAUGCCAAUCCAACAUUUGAAACAUUCAACAAUGAGUCAGAUGACACUUUGGAAAAUCCUUACGAUAUCUGCGGUGAAAAAGGAGCUACAGCUGUGACGGCAACCGAAAAUGAUUAUGACAAUCCACAGAAGAUAAAACAGGAAAAAGCGAACAAGCGCCUGUCUGCUGUACCCAAUUUAUAUGAAGUAGCUGAUGGCGGAAUUGCUUUUGCAAAUCCUAUCUUUCGCGAUCGCUCCCUGAAAUCGAAUUCAGCAGAAUAUGACCACUUGGGUCAAAGAACUGACACUGUUAAAUCAAGAAACAGUUCUUCCCAUUAUGAACAUGCUUUCUUUCCACUUAAAAGAAAUCCAGGAGAUUCUGUGUCUGAUAAAAUAACUGAAAAUAAUGAAAAGACACCAGUGUACGACAACCCAGACACUUGCGAAACAUAAAUGCUCUUUACUGUUACUGUAAAAAUGUAAUAAAAGUUAAUUCUAGUCUACUGUAUAAAAAUAAUUUGACUUCAUUGUCAACUUAAUUUUUGUAAUAUGUAAAAGGCAGGUAAUAACACAAUAAACGUAGGUGUGGAUAGUCGGGCUGUUUAAAAACAGAGUCUGCAGAUGUUGCACCGAAUCACCGCGAACGCGAGCACACAGAAAUAAAACAAGCACAGAAAAAAAUGAUGGAUCUAUACUUAAUCUAGCGUUUUUAUCUUGAAAUAUCUCUGACGUAAAAAUGCAUAAAGAACUAUUUAAAGACGAAAUAUUUCAUUGUCACGAGUUUGUAUCUAGGUUAUGAGGAAAUUGUUUCGUUAAGUAGCUAUGGUUGUUGUUAUAAAUAGGACUUACUAUCGACAGUUUGGCGCCAAAUCAGUUUUGUUCUACUGUAUGACUGUAUAAGGAAAACGAGCUUUUAUUAUCUUCUCUAAUUUAGAGUGGAACCCAGACCUUUUAACAUGUUUAUGUUUUUAAGGUAUUUUGUAAAUUAUAUAAAUGUACAAGAAGGCCUCAAAUCAUGUUUUUUAGCGAGAUCACCUUUCAUCUGAUAGGAAUGCUUACACAAUCUCGAGAAUGGUUUAGACUGGCUUUGCAUUAUGAUAAAAAAAUAUGCAUAAAUUUGUAAAUAAAAAAUUUCUUGUGUUUUUUAAAGUUGACUUUCCGUCAAAUUCUAAACGACUCUCUCUUGAUUCUGGAUUCGAAUAUCAGAUUUGAAAAAAUGUUUCGUUUUAUACACGGUUGAGAAAUAUAUUUUUAUAAUCAUUUUCAGAUAAUAGACAAAGAAAAUUGGAAAAGGUGUAUUUCGAGAUGAAAGUCAAGAAAAAAGUUUUAUAAUGUAAAUUAUUUUUAAGUUUAGAUUUUAUUUAAAGUUUGUUAACGGGUACUCCAUGUAACAUAUUUUGAUUUUUUGUAUUCGUUUACAAUCAAUAUGACCUCAGGCAAACCCGACUUCAAAGUAAAACUGAAUUAAUUUUCAACGUAGAAAUUUAAAUACUGGGUACAAGGUUGCUUUCUUUUUUUUGCACGUAAUUUUUUAGACUUAGUUUUUGACUUCUUUUUUUUCAAGAAAAGAUAAAAGUUUUAUA